GGGGUUGGGGACAUUGUAAUUCUGUCAUGAUUUUGUCUGUGAUUGUUUUGGAUUUUAAUAUUUACUGGAAAUAUUUUAAAUAGUCUUUUUAUUAUUUCUUUUCGACAAUUAAUGUUGAGCGACUAAUAUAGAAUGAGUUUGUAUUUAUGAGAUGUAAACCGUAAUUAGGAGUAGUUUUGGGGAAUUUCUAAAAUUAUGGAUCAAAAACCUAACCUAGACGUGGUAGUUUUAGCUGUUACAACUUUAUAUCAGAAUCCAGAUAGAAAAGAAAAAGAAAGAGCUUCCAAAUGGCUUUUGGAAUUACAAGGAUCUGUACAUGCUUGGACGGUGGCAGACGAACUGUUGCACCAGAAACGCGACUUAGAAUCGUGUUAUUUUGCAGCACAGACAAUGAGAUCAAAGAUUCAUCAAUCGUUUCAUGAAUUACCCAUUGAAGUUUACGGAUCUUUAAGAGAUUCACUUUUGGAACAUUUUAAUCAAAUUACUGAAGACACAAGUAGAAUCAUAACUACUCAAUUAUGUUUAGCACUUGCAGAUCUAAUAUUGCAAAUGCCAUCCUGGCAAAGAGCAACUCUAGAUUUAAUAAACAGAUUUUCCAAUCAGUCUUACAUUUAUCCAUUAGUAGAGAUCUUAACAGUAUUGCCAGAAGAAUUAGAAAGUAGAUCUGUCAGACUUGGUGAAAAUCGACGUCAAGAGGUUUUAGAAGAUCUGAAAGAAUGUUCUCCGACAGUAAUAGAAUUUUUAACGCAUUGUUGUACAACUUAUGCAGGAAAUCUUUUAAAAAAUUCUCUUAUUAUAGCUCGAACGAUAAGGUGUUUUACAUCUUGGGUCUCAGUUGAAGCUGUUAGUUUAAAUAGAAUUUCAGAUAGUGUUAUAGUCAACUUAGCCUUUCAAAUAUUGGAUUUUAGGCCUCACGAAGGGAAGGAAAGCAACAUUCAAUUAUCUGAUGCUGCAACAGACUGUAUUUGUACACUACUUAGAUCAUUAGAAAACAAUAAUAAUCAAAUAGAAUUAGAAAACUACUUGUUUAAUAAUAUACUACAACUGGAAUCAUCGUACCACUAUUCUGUUGCAAACGAAGACCAGACUAGGUCUAUGGAGUAUUGUAGAUUAUUUACAGAAUUGGCCGAAUCAUUUUUAGAUAAAAUUGUGUCGUCGAGCGCACCUAAUAAUAUGCAUCACUCUGUGAAAAUUUUAGAUUUAGUGUUGAUGUGCGUGGGACAUCACGAUUAUGAAGUUGCCGAGAUUACUUUUAAUCUGUGGUAUCUUCUCAGCGAACAGCUCUACCAGUUGAGCAACAAUAACAUAAGUGACCUUUUUAGACCUUAUAUUGAAAGAUUGAUUACUGCGCUGUGUAGGCAUUGCCAGAUGGAACCCGAUUGUGAAGGAAUAUUAGAAGAUGGAGAUGAAUUUAAGGACUUUAGAAUAAAAGUAUCUGAGCUAAUUAGGGACGUUGCAUUUAUAGUAGGAAGCACCAGUUGUUUUAGGCAGAUGUUUCUCAAUUUGCAAAAUGCGGGUGUGACCUGGGAUCAGACUGAAGCGGCUCUUUAUAUUAUGAGGGCUGUUGGUAAAUAUGUAUUAAGUUCUGAAAAUGAGGUCGUUCCAAAUGUAAUAGAAGCAAUCAUAAAUAUUCCAGAAACCACUCAUAUCGCAGUGCGUUACACUUCAGUUUUACUACUAGGAGAAUUAUGCGAAUGGAUUGAAUCCCAUUCUCAAGUCUUAGAUCCAGUUUUAAAUUUUCUAAUUCAUGCUCUUGCCCAACCUGGUUUAGGUGCUGCAGCUGCUAAUGCAUUACAGAACAUUUGCGCAACGUGCAGUGACAAUUUGUCUAGACAUGUGCCGAUUCUUUUGCAAUUGUUGCACCAAAUUGACACUUUCGGAAUCAGUGAUGAGGCUGUAGUGGGACUUUUUAAAGGUGUCAGUACAAUAAUAGCAGUUAUGCCACUGAAUGAAAUAACGCCCGCAAUGCGUGAAUUGUGCUUAAUGCAGGUAAAUCCUCUUUGCCAUCUUAUUGACCAAAAUGUUAGCCCCACCAAGGGUACCAAGACUGAUCCGGUUAUGUGGUUUGACAGACUCAGCUCCAUUUUAAGACACGUUAUUGUAAAUAAUAUUCCAGAAGGGGAAGUUCAUCCGUGUAAGCCAGUGAUUUUGGAAAUAUGGCCAGUUUUAUCCAAGGCAUUUGACAAAUACCAAAACGACAUUAGGAUAAUGGAGAGGUGUUGUAGGAGCGUCAGAUUUAUGCUUAGGUGUGCUAGUCAUCAAAUUCACGAAGUCCUACAAACGUUAGUUGGCCAAAUAGUAAGGAUUUAUAGCGUCCACAAGCAUUCGUGUUUUCUAUAUGUUGGCAGCAUACUAGUGGAUGAGUACGCUACCGACCCGCGAUGUAUAGGCGGUCUUAUCGACAUGUUACAGAUGUUUAUAGAACCCACAUUCCAGAUGUUACAAGAAGAACACGGACUUAGAAACCAUCCAGAUACAGUGGAUGAUUUUUUCAGAUUAUGUGGCCGAUUUAUACGCCGCGCCCCCAUGUCCUUCCUCCAGUGUUCCGCCCUCGUUCCGAUCAUCCAGUGCGCCCUGCUGGCCUCCCAGCUGGACCACAAGGAGGCCAACGUGUCCGUGAUGAAGUUCUUUUGCGACCUGAUCAACCAGGGUCAGACUGGACAGUCCCAGCCCGACUACGCCGAACGACACAAGCUGGUCAAGGACAUUCUGGACCAGUUCGGGCAGCAAUUGGUGACCAGUCUGCUGCAGGCGUGCGUGUUCUAUUUGCAGAUGUACCUGUUGCCUGAAGUAAGUGACGUAUUUGUCCAGCUCCUAGACUUCAACAGAACAACAACGAGUAAGUGGUUAAUGAAUGGACUGGAUACGCUUCCGAAAAGAAAUAAUGGCGGUAUCAUGGCGGCCACUCCAGAACAAUUGAAUGACCUUCAUGUGACAUUUAUAAGAGCCACCUCUUCUAGAUCGGUAACUUACGUACUGAAAGAUCUUAUCCGGUAUUACCGAUAAGAUUCGCACUGAAAUAUUCUUUAAGUUUAAAAGAGUAUCAUGACACUGUAAAAUAUUUAAUGGAUAGUUUUUAAAUGAUUUACUGAGAGAAGUCAUUGUUAAUAAGAUUCGUAUUGUCUUAUGUAACGCGUGAACAAAAAAUAUUUUAUUUUUUGGAGAUGUUAAAUAUGUAAAUUUAAUAAAGAAUGAACAAACA